AUGGCUCAGCGGAGUGAUGACAACAACGUUUGUAAGCGAAAGCGUCUUACCGGGAGCUCUAAGUGGACAAUGAAUGCUAUUUCACGACAGAUAGCUGAACGUCAGGCCAAUUUAGACAUCGAAAAUAUGGUUAUGUUACAGCAAGACCAAUCCAGCGAAAAAAUUUGUGGCAGUAUAAGUCCGAUGGAUUUGGAAGUUUCUCCAAUAUAUGUGGAAUCGGAUUUCUCACAAGAGCCUAAGAAUAUGAAGGCUUCUUUUUUCUUUAAUGAUGAAAUGGAACUGCAAGAUAUCGCCGAAAACCAGGUGUUGUCAACUCCCACUCAAUUAAUAGGAUGUUCCCCUGAUGUCGAAUCCAUUUUGAUGGAAUCUGAAUUCCCAGAGGCAGAGUUUGACGAGGAGUUCAACAUUAUUUAUGAAGAUGAUAAUGAAGAUCCAGAUGAGGAAGAUCUUGAACUAUGCGAAAAAGCGGGAAAUGAAUUUGAUCGCAUUCAAAUUGUACGAUUACUUUCAGCUGCAUUCUAUUUGAAACAUGGUUUGUCUAAGUCAGGCCUUGGGGAUUUUCUUGACAUUUUAAAUGUUUCUUCUGGGCUUAAUCAAGACGACGAGCUUAGAAGUCCAUAUUUGUUUAUGAAAAGAUAUGGGCUUUUAAAAGGCGACCUGAAAAGGAUUUAUCCGUGUUCUACAUGCUCCAAGACACUGAAAAACGGUGAGAGUGAAUAUCCGACAGAAAUUCAGCCCUGUGGUCACAAUUAUUGCAAGGAAACAUCAGACAAAUGCUACACUCUGUUGCUCCCCGUUGAAGAACAAGUGAGAUUUUUUCUCCGUCACCAUGGAAUUCAAAAAAUUCCACAAGAAACUCUUGAUCAAGAUAGAAAAGGCGACGUCUUUACUGGGGAUCGUUACAAGCAGUACGUGAAAGACGGUCUCAUCAACGAGCGAACAGUAACCAUGCAAAUUAACACAGAUGGCGCUCAAAAAUUGAAAUCGAGUAAAUAUUCCUUCUGGCCCUUUAUGGGUACUGUAAACGAAACGGGUUAUAAAACCCGACGAUCAAAUGUCAUUUUAAUGGCUUUUUGGUUUGGUAACAAGAAACCCCCAAGAAACGUAUUUGUGGAUCCUUGCGUCGAUCCUCCGCAAUUCGAUACAACCAGGAGGCCCGGAACAGUUUACGGUGAAGAUUUAUUUACGACCAAUCAGAUGACAACACGUCCACCCGAAGAUGAACGAGUCCAUUUCAAACAAUGGACAGCCCACAACGACAACUUAAGGUCGUCAACAGCACAUUCCGUCGAUUUAAAUCGCAACACAAGAUCAGUUUUUCGUCUCCCGAAAUUAGACUUAAAACCCUACGACGGCGAUCCGAAAAAAUGGCUCGACCUCAUUGCAAUUUUUAGAGAUUUGGUUCAUCCUGACAGCAGCUUGUCAGCAACAGAAAAAAUGGCGUUACUCAAGCGAUCUCUAUCAGAAGAAAUCCGAAAUGGACUGGGUAACUCACUCAGCAGCUCGGCUUUGUACAGUGAAGCUUUGACCGAGCUCGAAAGUACUUAUGGAUAUCCUCAAAUUCUAUCAAGAGCAUACAUCCAAUAUCUGAUCGAGUUGCCGAAAGUGAACAACAACGACUACAAGACACUGAUCAAGUUUUCGCAAACCCUCAACGGAGCAGUAUCUUCUUUAAAAAACGAAGGUUACGAGCACGAGCUGAAAGCAUCGGGCUUGCUCGAGCUCAUUUUGGCCAAGCUUCCAGUGGAAUUAUAA